UUGCUCAUCUUGAUUUGAAUUUGAAUUCCCUUUUCCUCCGCCUCUCUCCCUCUCUCUCUAAUCACCAAUAAUCAAAUCACCUCCGUUUCGCCUCUCUCUCCGCGGAAUCCCCACCGCGAUUAAUCAUGACGGCGGCACCACCACCUUCGACGGGGAGGGAGCUAUUGAGCCCCCCGACCGACGGAAUUUCCAAUCUCCGGUUCUCCAACCACAGCGACCACCUCCUUGUUUCCUCAUGGGAUAAGAGUGUCCGGUUGUAUGAUGCUAGUGCCAAUGCGCUCAGAGGGGAGUUUAUGCACGGCGGCGCUGUGCUAGAUUGUUGCUUCCAUGAUGAUACCUCGGGGUUUAGUGCUUCUGCUGACCAUACUGUUAGAAGGCUCGUGUUCAACUACAACAGGGAGGAUGUUUUGGGGCGGCACGAUGGGCCUGUGCGAUGUGUUGAAUACUCCUACGCAACUGGUCAAGUAAUCACGGGUAGCUGGGACAAAACCUUGAAGUGCUGGGAUCCAAGAAGUUCCAGUGGCCAGGAUCGUUCUCUUGUUGGAACCUAUACUCAACCUGAGCGUGUAUAUUCUAUGUCUGUUGUGGGCAACCGUGUAGUGGUUGCUACUGCUGGAAGACAUGUAAAUGUGUAUGAUCUUCGGAACAUGUCUCAACCUGAACAACGGAGGGAAUCUUCUUUGAAAUACCAAACAAGAUGUGUUCGAUGUUAUCCUAAUGGGACAGGUUAUGCUCUUAGCUCUGUUGAAGGGCGAGUAGCCAUGGAGUUUUUCGAUCUGUCAGAGGCAGGCCAAUCUAAAAAGUAUGCAUUUAAGUGCCAUAGGAAGUCUGAAGCAGGAAGAGAUAUUGUAUACCCUGUGAAUGCCAUUGCGUUUCACCCUAUCUAUGGUACCUUUGCUACUGGGGGUUGUGAUGGUUAUGUUAACAUGUGGGAUGGAAACAACAAGAAGAGGCUGUAUCAGUACACAAAGUAUCCGACAAGUAUUGCAGCAUUGUCCUUUAGCAGAGACGGUAGGCUGCUGGCUGUUGCAUCCAGUUACACAUACGAAGAAGGAGAUAAACCCCACGAGCCAGAUGCCAUAUAUGUCCGCAGUGUGAAUGAAGUAGAAGUCAAGCCAAAGCCAAAAAUGCUUCCCAACCCCACUUCAUGAGUUGGGCAAGAGUGAAGUUGCUAGUUGUGUGCCAUUUCCUGAGCAAGUGUUAUUUUUGUGAUCAUUGACUCAUUGAUGACUAGUUUUAAUGGGACGAUUCUGUCUAGUUUUAAUGGUACGAAUGUGUCUAAUAUUGUAGUGUGCUACGAAUAUAAUUGAACAAGUGAUUUACUAGUAAAAACUAAAGCAUGCUGCUUCCGCAGCAGUUUGUCUCA